AGGGCCGUAGAACAAAUGUCGGAAACGACAGAACGCCGAAAUCGCUCUUUUUAUAAACUCAAUUCCUCUCCAUAAAUUCCAUCUCUCAAACUCAUCUCUCUCCCACGUCCUCUUUUAUUAGAUUCUGAGUUCUUCUCUUCUUCUUCUUUCAUUAUAUCUCUUUUCACAAUCUCUCUGUCUCUCUCUCAAUCGCAGAGAGAGAUAGAUAUAUCUAUAAUUAUAAAGCUUCAGUAAUCUCUAUAUAAUACUUAUCGAUCGAUGGGGGGUUGUGCCACGAAGCCGAAGACCUUCAAGGGAGAAGACGAUUUGGCACCGGCACCGAUUGUCAAGGAUGUCUCUGAACCUAAGGAAGUUGAUGUUAAUGGGGAAGAAGCAAAGUUAGUUGCCAGCCAUGAAGAAGGAGCGGAGAUCCAAAGUGGUGAGGAGAAAGUGAUUGAUAAGGCACAGAUUGGCGAUGGUGAAGGUGAUGAUUCUGUGAAGACGGAAGACACGGCCAACAAGCCUCGCUCUCUCAGCAAUUUGUUCAAGGAGAGUGAGGAAGAAAAAGAAUCAUCAGGAAAUGAUAAAACAACCCAAACAGAAGUCGUUUCAUCGGAGCCAGUCCAACAGGAAGAAGAACCCAAGACCGAGAUCAUCACCAAGGAAGUAAGCACUAGUUUCCCUGAAGCUGAAGAGACUGCCACCACACCUGAGGUUGAGGAAAAACCAGUAGAAGAGGAAAAACCAGUCAUUGCUGCAGAAGCUACUGAAAUUGAAAAGGAAAAAACUGAGAAUGAGGAGGAGAAGAGAACGGAGGAGAAGAAAGAAAUUGUUGCCAAGGAUGUUUAAGUGACAGAAGAGGCAGAAAAUCGAUAAUAUCAGACUAUUAAAAAAACCUGUUUUGACGGCAUCUUUCUGCACCUUUGGUUGCUGAAGAAGUUACAGGAAGCAAGUAAACAUGAAUCACUAGAAGAGGUCACUGGAGAUAUCCCCAUUGUUAUCAUUUUGAAUGUUCUGUUUGUAUUGUUUCCAAAGUAUUGGGGUGUGUCGUUUGUUUGAUUUAUUUCAUUUCCCAUUUUUUCUUUUCAUUCAUUCAGUUUGAUUAUAUAUUCUUCAAUUUCUUUA